AUGGAGGCAGGAAGUCAUGGUCUGACAAAGUUGGCAUUAUAUAGUUGAGAGACAGAGAAAAAGCUGAAGCAGAUGGAGAAAGAAGGAAAGCUUGCAGAAGUGAAAAGAAUAGAUCUUGCUCUAAAGAUCUUUCACGCAAAGUUGCUAGUAACUAGGGCAAGAGAAUUUCAAGAGGAAAAUUAUAGUGCAGACAACAGAGAGAGAUAUGUUCAGAGUAGAUUAGACAACUGAUUAAUUAAGAGGCCAUAA